CCUCGAUGUCGAGCGUCACUGCCUUACAACAGAUUUUUGCUUUAGCGCGGGUUAGGGGAGUUACUCCUUGCCUUGCUGCAGUGGGACAGAGAGCUUUUUUCAGUCAAGCAUCGAAGGCAACUAGGGCGGGGGAAAAUGCUAAGGAUGUUGAAGGAUCUGCGAGUGAGGCUGAUCCCUCCACCGCUAAGGAUGCCGCUGAGAAGGAGGCGAAAACUACUCCCACAGGAGAGGCUGCAGCCACUGAGACCCCCAAGAAAGAGGCCGCUCCUGAGGUUGUGUCUGCGGAAGAUGCCGAAAAGAUAACGCAGAUUCAACAGAAAAUUGCCGUUAUUGAUGAGAAAACUCACGACAUCAAGGAGAAGAUACAUGCAUGCAAGCAGGAUUCCCACCAGGCUACCAAGAGAUACCAUCAGAAUAUGGAGAAUGCUUCCAAGUAUGCUAUAAACAAGAUGGCUAAAGACAUGCUAGACGUAGCUGACAACAUUGAUAGGGCCAAGGCAUCGAUAACGGAUGAGGAUCGUAGUCAAUGUAAAGACCUCGCCGCCAUAUAUGCUAAGAUCAACGAAGCUGACACUAUACUUCAGAAGAUAUUCGCGGAUAAUGGUAUAGCCAAGGAGGACCCUAUGGGGCAAUCAUUCGAUCCCAAUAGGCAUGAGGCAUUGUUCGAGUUCCCCUUCGCUGACAAGGAGACUGGCGAGGUGGCUCAUGUGGUUCAGCCAGGUUAUAAGAUCCACGAUAGGAUACUGCGUGCUGCCAAGGUUGGAGUUGUCCGGAACCCGUGAUCAUAGAUCCAAUCAGAAGUUGAUUUUCCUGAACACAUUGCAAGUGAUUGUUUC